CGCCAUGGCGGGCACCGGGAGCGCCGCUGCCGCCGCCGCGCGCGCGCUGGCGCGCCCGGGACCGGGAGCGCGUGCCGCGGGGUGGAGGCGGCUGCUGGGCCCCAAGGAGACGCUGAAGCUGUUGGAGGGCUCCGUGGUGCACCGGGAAGGAGCUCUGCUGGCACUGAGCAAGCCCCCUGGCCUCCCCAUUCUGGGGCGUCCUGGGGACCUGAGCCUGGAUGCGCUGCUUCCGGCACUGCGACGACGCCUGGGCCUCACUGCUGAGCUCCACGUGGUGAAGGCUCCUGCCAGGGAGUAUUCUGGCCUUGUACUCCUGUCCAGCUGCUACCACACCACUAAGAAGCUCCAACAGUUCUUCACCAAUGCGCGUUGGAGAGGCCAGUACCCUGCCACAUAUCGUGCCAUCACCGUGGGAGUCCCAGCAGAGGUAGAGGGUGAAAUCUCCACGGGGCUGUGCUGGCAGCAGCAGGGGGACAGAGCCAUGGUGGUGCCAGUCCCAGCCCCAGGACGCCGCAGCCUGGCCAGGAAGGAUGUGAAGAGCACCCUGACACGCUACCGGGUGCUGAGUGCCAUGGGGGGCUGUGCCCUCCUCCAGCUCCAGCCCAGGACGGCCUUCCCAGAACAGCUCCAGGUGCACCUGACGCUGCUGCUGUGCCCGGCCCUGGGUGACCAUAAGCACUCCUCCUGCGUGGGCAGGGUGCUGGGAGUGCCCUUCUUUCUGACCCCCAAUGCUGCCCCAACCCACACACAGGUACUGGAUGAGGAGUUGCUGUCUCGGCUGGGGCUUUCUCCACGGCAGCUCCAUCACCUCCCACUGCACAUCCACCUGCAGGAGCUAGUGCUGCCUGAGGGCCCCCUCUGUGCCCCCCCACCACCCUACUUCCUGCACACUCUGCGCUGUCUGGGGCUGCCUGAGCACUCGGAGCCCUAGUGCUGCAGGGGGACACCCACUCCACCCUUCUGCUCUCUCUCACCCCAUUAAAAUCGCCCCCUGUUUUCUGGGUGGCCCAGCA